UGGUCGUCUCUAGAUCAUAUGACUGGACAAGAUGGCGGCCCCCACAGGAGGAAAGCGUGUGACGGGGAGGGGCCAUGUUGAGGGGCCUGUACGGGUGGCACUGCCGUUCCCGAAGAAGGAGCAGCGGCAGCUGGGGUAGGGCACCCAGCAUAAGAGCCUUAAAAUGUCAGGGAGAGGGCUUGAACUAAAUUCACCACAGGAAAAUGAAAGGCUUCGACAUAUGAAAAAAAAGGACUCUCUGCUAAAUAUGUUUGCUCGGCUUCCAGAAGCAGACCAGAAAUUCUUUACACAUGGAGCAUACUUCCUGGGAAUAAAUGGAGGCUUUUGUGGUUUAAUAGCAAACAGUUUGUUCAGACGCAUCCUAAAUGUGACAGAGGCUCGAAUUGUCUCUAGUUUGCCAAUGGCUGUUCUUCCAUUCCUGACAACAGCAGCAAUUUACCACAGUGCUGUAACCCAACCUUUAAUUUCAGGUGAUCUAACGUGUGCAAGCUGUGCCAUAGUCAGAGGAGGAUUAAUUGGGUCUGUUAUAGGUGGUCUAUAUCCCAUUUUCUUGGCCAUUCCUUUAAAUGCAGGACUUGCAGCCAGGUACAGCUCAGCUCCAUUACCUGGCAAAGAGAAUAUGAUACGCUUCUGGCUUAAAGUCUCUCAACCAGUCUUUAAGAAGAUGAGUUUUGCUAUCCUUCUGCAGGCUGCAUUUGGAAUUUACCUCAGCUCAAGACAGUAUGGAAUAUUUAUGAAAAUGCUCCAGUUGCCUGAAGGAAGCAGCAAUCCUGAAGAACUCAAAGAUUAAAACUAAAAAAUACACAAGUCCCUCUAAUGUUUGUGUGGGUUACCACAAUAAACCAUGAAACUAAGCAAGGCAA